AGUUUAACCCAAACCUAUCUUUUACAUGCCCAUGUUUUCAUUAUUAACUUGCUGAAACCACACAUUGCCAUACAACUAGUUCCAGUUUUGUUCCACUGUACCGACUUUAUGAAAUCAAGAAAUCAAGAAAUUGGAAGGAGGAGAGGGGCAAACAAGUUUUUCAUAGGUAAAACUUUACGCCCGCAACAAGGUAUGAUACAAGGUAUGUUAUAAUAUGUUUAUGGAUUUGCGCGCGCACAUUAUAUAGUGAUUCUGGAUCCGCCCACUUCUCGAAUUGGUUGCAGUCUGCCCGCAUUUAUUUCGGAAAUUAGCCAGAAUCUGAAGCCCGAUAUCAUUAAAAUGGCAACUUCCUUUGUAGAUACCACGAUUCGUGAUAAUAAGGUAGUGGUGUUUUCCAAGACUUAUUGUCCAUUCUGCAAGAUGGCAAAGACAGCCCUCGAAAAUGCCGGCCUUCAGAAUUACAAGCUAAUCGAGUUGGAUGAGAAUGAUAAUUGUGAUGAAAUUCAGGAUUAUCUGUUAAACUUGACAGGAGCUAGAUCGGUUCCACGUGUGUUCAUUGGAGGUAAAUGCAUUGGAGGUGGCUCUGAAACUAAAGCGUUGCAGGAUGAAGGAAAACUAACCAAAAUGCUUCAAGACAAUGGUGCUCUGUAAAGCACAUGAGGUUGCUGAGACAAAGUUCCAGAGUCCACCUUUCUCUUCUGGUGUGCAUUGUUGUGCAACAGUUGAACUUGUAGAGUUACAUUUAGGUACAGUAUUUAAGGAAAUUAUGUUUUGUACCCACCUAUUAUAAUUAAUCAUGAAAAUGAUUUUCUAUUUGAUUGUUCGUUCUUGUUUGUUAUAAUGAUCUUUGUCAAGUGUUAUCAUCUACAUGUAUGCAUGCACUUUAAAACACAUUUAGUUGUAUUUGUUUACGAUAUAUCUCAGCAGUUUUCAACACAUAGAAAUUUAUUUUGGAGCCAGCCUUUGCCAUAAUCAAAGACUAGAGAAGUCUUAAAUAUUAACUAUAAAUUUGGUGAGGGACCCUACUCAUUUGUCAAUACUAUGAAAUAUAAUUUCAAGUUAAUGUUUAGUCAAUGUUUGAACUAACUAACUUAAAUGUCAAACAUUGUUUACUCUGUUUUAUGUUAACUUGGUCCCACUGGCCCAUUCUCAUGUUUUCAUUUUUCUUUAGUGCUUAAUAAUAAUGAGAUUGUUUUGACUGCUCGAUAAAAGAGAUUGUUUUGAGUACUCGAUAAUAAAGAAAUUGUUUUGAGGGCUUGAUAAUAAAUAGAAGAGCAGAUCAGCUCUUCAAAUUGUUUUUAAGUGAAAUGCCAGUGCUGUUCUGUAAGGAUGUCCUGCAUUAGAGAGGAAGUAGAGGAAUUGACUGAGUAUAUUGCUUUGAUGUGCCUUGUUCUUUUUUAGAAUAUAAUUAAACUUGGCAUGCAACACAAAA